GCUCAGAGUUAAGGAAUGUCCAACAGCAGCUCCAUCAGGCACUUCCUCCUGCUGGCAUUGGCAGACACGCGGCAGCUGCAGCUCCUGCACUUCUGCCUCUUGCUGGGCAUCUCCCUGGCUGCCCUCCUGGGCAACGGCCUCAUCAUCAGCGCCGUAGCCUGUGGCCACCACCUGCACACGCCCAUGUUCUUCUUCCUGCUCAACCUGGCCCUCAGCGACCUGGGCAUGAUCUGCACCACUGUCCCCAAAGCCAUGCACAAUUCCCUUUGGGACACCAGGAACAUCUCAUACUCAGGAUGUGCUGCACAGGUGUUUUUCUUUGCCUUUUUCAUUGCAUCAGAAUUUGCAUUUCUCACCAUCAUGUGCUACGACCGCUACGUGUCCAUCUGCAAACCCCUGCACUACGGGACCCUCCUGGGCAGCAGAGCUUGUGCCCACAUGGCAGCAGCUGCCUGGGCCAGUGCCUUUCUCAAUGCUCUGCUGCACACGGCCAAUACAUUUUCCCUGCCCCUGUGCAAGGGCAAUGCCCUUGGCCAGUUCUUCUGUGAAAUCCCUCAGAUCCUAAAGCUCUCAUGCUCACACUCCAGCUUAAGGGAAUUUGGGCUUCUUGUGGUCACUUUCUGUUUAGGUUUUGGUUGUUUUGUGUUCAUUGUUUUCUCCUAUGUGCAGAUCUUCAGGGCUGUGCUGAGGAUCCCCUCCGAGCAGGGACGGCACAAAGCCUUUUCCACCUGCCUCCCUCACCUGGCUGUGGUCUCCCUGUUCCUCAGCACUGACACAUUUGCUCACCUGAAGCCCCCCUCCAUCUCCUCCCCAUCCCUGGAUGUGGCAGUGUCCGUUCUGUACUCGGUGGUGUCUCCAGCCCUAAACCCCCUCAUCUACAGCCUGAGGAACCAGGAGCUCAAGGAAUCUCUCAGGAAAGCUGUGACUGGAUGCUUUUCAGCCUUUUCAUUGUCCCAUAAGAGCCCUCACAAGGACAUCAGGACUGGGAUGGCCGCCCACAGUGGACCUCCAGGACAGCUGGCUAUCAGGACCAGAGAAGAUCGGCUUGGGACCAGUGACGCAGAGGAGCGCUGGACUGGCGAGAAAUAUCUGGUGGCGGGAGUAGGGGGCAAGCGAGUGUGUGUGAGCGAGACGAGGGCUGGCAGCUCGGACCCUCAGCCUGAGUGUGGACCCCUUAGUACCGCGGUUCCAAACCCCCGCGAGGGGGCCAGCCAGGAAAGGGGGGAAGCGAGCGGAAUCAGCGUGAGUGAGUCGCCUCCUAAGGGGUAA